CUUUCUGCUAGGCCAUGGAAGAGCUGGUGGAUGCUGGCCUGGCAAAAGCCAUUGGCAUCUCCAACUUCAACCACGAGCAGAUUGAAAGAAUCUUGAACAAGCCAGGACUGAAAUACAAGCCUGCAAACAACCAGAUUGAAUGCCAUCCAUACCUGAUCCAGGAGAAGCUGAUCAACUACUGCCAAUCCAAAGGGAUUGCUGUGACAGCCUAUAGUCCCUUUGGCUCUCCUGACAGACCAUGGGCUAAGCCAGAGGAUCCUUCUCUUCUGGAUGACCCCAAGAUUAAAGAGAUUGCAGCCAAGCACAACAAAACAGCAGCACAGGUUCUCCUUCGCUUCCACAUCCAGAGAAAUGUGAUUGUGAUCCCCAAGUCUGUCACACCACAGCGCAUUGUGGAGAACUUCAAGGUCUUUGACUUUGAAUUGUCUAAAGAGGAGAUGGCAACUCUACUCAGCUUCAACAGGCACUGGAGGAUGGGUGUAGUGAGCCAGGCCAGAACACACAAGGAGUACCCUUUCCAUGCAGAAUACUGAUGCUGUUUGUAACCAGGCCUUCUCUAGACCCCUGGUGUUUCAUGUGCCUCUCCCCUAGCUUUAAGCACCUUAUAUAGUUUUCUUACUGCAUCUGCCUUGUUGCUGCCAGUGAAGUCAUAGGACAUUUAUUCCAUUGAUUUUGUCUGAGUUCAUUCUUUGGAAGAUGGAAAGAGAAGUGUUCAGUAGAAUAAAUUGUGGGAUGUAAUAUUUUUCUGCUUAUCAGAAGAGAGGAGGAUUACUGGAGUAUCUGGCAGAACUGCUCAGCAGAAAAUGAGGACAGUUUGAACACUUGAACCACUAUUCAGCAAGUGCCUUCAGUCUUGCAUCAACACAAACCAGAGGCUGAGAAUCCACAAGAAUUAAAAGACAUCCACCAUUGCAUGAGAAGUCUCCCAUAUUUUAAAUACAAGUAACUUAUAGUGUGAAAUCAUUACUGGCUGAAAUGUUGGCGCAUGGAUGAUGGGUUGGAUCAUUUUUUUUAGAAAUUAAAUGAAAUCUCUAUGAAUUUA